UUAUAUUAAAUAUACUAUUAUAAUCUUUACUAGCAUAAAGAUUAUAGUAGACUUCGGAGAUCGUUCGUGUGUCAAAGUUGGAGGCCGGACGCUUGAACGGCUACGUUUACUCCUUCAAUACCUUUUGUUCGACUUCUCGUUUAUACUGAUUUACCGGAGAAGUCAUCGUGAAUGAAAAGCUCGAUGGAAGCCGCAUCUUAUGCUCGUGGCAUAGCAACAGCAGCGAAGCUUGAUCCUGCAGCUUCCUUCCUCUGUAUCAUUGGAGCAAAUCCGAUAGAGUGGAUUAAGAAAUGUAGGAAGUAUUUCACUCUAUGUAAUGUUCCUGAGCACCAGAAAGUCGAUCUGGCGACUAUACAUCUGAAAGGAAAGGCUGAGACUUGGUAUAGUAACUAUAGCCAGUCGAAAAUCAAUGUGGUGUGGGAGGAGUUCAUUGUGGAUUUGUGUGCAAGGUUUAAGGGUGACAUAUAUGAUAAUGUGGUUGAGGAGUUUAACAAAUUGAGCCAGACAGCCGGGCUUAGGCCUCAGGUUAAACCGUUUGUGAAAGCUUUUGCUCCAUCUUCUUUGGCUAAGGCCAUUAGCUUUGCAAGGUUGCAGGAAGAUACUCUAGAAGCAUGCAAAACGCAUGAGAAGGGCAGUAAGACUGGGCAUUACACCGCUGUAUCAACAAGGAGUAACAUUCCCCUACUGGCUAGGCCUGAUUUUGUGCCCAAAACUGGCAUUAGCAUGACUGAUUCUGCUAAAACUCCCAACAGCAACCCGGUGGCCAACUCUUAUGGAAAGUCACACAACCAUGCUCAGAAGAAUCCAAGGUUCAUACCUGCCACUGUGAGGGCUGAGAAGAUUGCACAAGGGCUGUGUUAUUAUUGUGACAAGCCCUAUGGGAGGGGGCACAAGUGUGAAAGCAAAGAAACACACAGUCCUGGCCAGAAGGAUAGCCAAGCGCAAUCAAGCAGCACACACUCAAUUCUUGGUUCAGUGGACUGGACAGGCAGCAGAAGAUGCAACUUGGGAAUGGGCAGCAGACUUGAAGCUCAAAUUCCCAACAUUUCAACCUUGAGGGCAAGGUUGCUUUCCAACGGGGAUAGUAUGAUACAGUCCUUAGCUAUAUUGACCACGUGGGUAAUUGCCUUAGCUGGGAAAGGAGCUGCUGAUAUAUUCCUUUGGAGGGACAAGAAAGUCACUGCUGGCGUGUUUGGUUUUGCACCUGCAAUUUGGCUGUUUUUUGAAUUGCUGGAGUAACCCAUUACCCAUUACCUUCUAGAUGGAAUUGCCACAACAUGAGCAUCUAUUAUAUAUAUAAAAACAGAAUCAAAAUUGAACAAACUUCUACCCAAUUUUCACUCCAAUCCGAUGGUCCAAUUUUAUUAAAAAUUGGCAAAAUCUAAACGUCAAUUACAAAUGCCAAAUGCGGUCAGAAUUCGAUGGAGAUUCUUUUCAAAAGAAAUUUACGGUUUCAGU